UGGAUAUCUGGGGGAAAUGGGCGUGGCUCAAGGUGCUCAUAGGUAAGGAGGAAUGGGCCUUCAUGACGGUGUACGCACCAACACGGGUAGGGGAAAGGGCAAAAUUCUUCGCAAGGCUGAUGCUUCAUGUCCCCAAGGCAGACAGGUUGCUACUUGCUGGUGACUGGAACGUGUCACUAGACGAAGCCUUGAGACCCGGCGCACCGACAACAAAUAGGGGGGACGUGAGGACAGUGUUGGAAUUCAUUGCGGAGAUGACGCUGGUGGAUCCAUUCCCGAUUCUGAACCCAGACGACCCAGGUUACACCUGGACUUCCCAUCUGCAGCGGGAUAGACAGACGGUGACCAGAAGGCGCCUUGACUACUUCUUACUUUCAGAACAGGUGAUGGACAGAGUCACAUCCGUCAGGCACUUCUGCCACCCGAUUUCCGAUCACAAACCGGUAGUGGUGGAUCUUCGACUGAGUUUGGGCUGCGAAAGAGGGAGAGGCUUCUUUCGCUUGAACAGCCAGGUGCUAAGGGUCCUCGGAGUGGGGGAAUGGGUGAAGGAUCACAUGACCAGAUGGGAGGGGGCUAGACAUCUGUUAAACUCCAAUGCAGAAUGGUUGGACGGGGGCCUGGCUAUUACGUCCGGGGUGCUUGACGUGAUCUCAAGAAUUCUGGCAAGGACUAGGAACAAAAGGGAGGCCAACUGUAUGAAGAAGGUGGAAGAGGCGGAAGACCGCAUGGAGGGCCAACCUAUCUCGCGGUUGGUAUGGGCCUCAGAACGUGAAAGGAGGCUUGCGGAGUGGGACAACAUCCAAGAGGAGAAGCAAAAGCAAUGGACGGAGGUACUGAAAGUGAAAGGGAUUGAGACACACGACAAAAUGACAAAGGAGACAUUCCAAAAACUCCAACCAAGCCGUUUGCAGCAGCAGAUGAUUGAGCUCAAGCACCCGUUCGUCGAGUCCGCACCUCCAGCCUGUUCCGCAACGGGGAUGCUCCAGUAUGCAAGGAUGUACUAUGAAGACAUACUGACUUCCAGACGACCGCAGGACGGGGUGAACGUGGACUUGUCAAGUGGGACAGACAUGUGGGACAGCACAACUGUGAAACUGCAUACGUCAGCCAAGCUGAACCUGGACAGACCUUUCACCGUGGAAGAACUCUCCCAAGCAUUGAAGUCAAUGGUGAAGGGAAAGUCUCCAGGAGUGGAUGGUCUCCCGGUGGAGUUUUACGCAGCAAACUGGGGGUGCUUGGCCCGUGUGAUUCCAGGGGCGACACGGAGAUGGUGGAUGAGGAGGAGGGGAGAGACAUGGGAGGAUUUCCGGCAGGUUUUUGACACGGCGGAGGGCUACUACAAGGAGAAGCUGCGGAGUGGAGUAGGCAAUGACGAAAGAAAGGUAGCCCAGAGGUCAGACGAGGGGGGAAUAGCAAAAGCUUUGUAAAGGUACUAGAAGAAGCACUUAAAAUCCUCAGGACGAAAUAUCACAUCUCUCUCUCUCUCUCUCUCUCUCUCUCUCUCUCUCUCUCUCUCUGUGUGUGUGUGUGUGUGUGUGUGUGUGUGUGUGUGUAUGUGUGUGAGAAUAGCAAACGCUUGGAGAAGUACUGGAGCAAGCAGCUAUGAUCUUCAGGGUGAGGUAUCACAGCUCUCUCUCUCUCUCUCUCUCUCUCUCUCUCUCUCUCUCUCUCUCUCUCUCUCUCUCCCCGCUUUCACAUUCGUCUUGGACUCCGUCUCUCCACCUCCUUACCGCCCUACUGCCCUCCUCCACAUCCUCCUCUUCUCCAACUGCAAACUGCAGACUACCUUAGAAACACCUGUCCGGUCAUAAUACUCACACGAGGACUUCGUCGACUGCCCUCUGGAAGCAAUUGCAGUCAUAUUGAUUCAUAUCGUGCUGUAAUUGCGGUCAGAUACAUCCAGGAAAGUCGUAUUCUGAGUACGUCCUCAAUCAAUACAAAAAGGGGAAGCAAACACGAUAAUCCUAGCCCUCUCGAUUACGGUCUUCCCCCGAAAUAGAACGUACGGUCAUUCUGGCAGCAUUUGAGGCAACUUCCGGUCUAGGUACAAAACGUACGGCCAUUCUACCUGUAUUUGGGGCAACUUCCAGUCUAGGUACAGCGAAAAAACCCUACCCUCGUUUCUCCUUUUUCCUUUCUAUUCGCCUUCUCCACCCAUCCUCUCUCUCUUUUCCCUUCUACCUCUUCUUCCUCCUCCUCUACCUCCUCUUCCUCCUCCUCUUCCUCCUCUCCUCUUCCUCCUCCUCCUCCUCCUUCCCCACCCCCUUUACUCCUCUACCCAUAACCCUAUCCUUACGCCAGGCUGCAGAUUGCAACAAAACUUUCCUCAUCAAGACAAAGGAGGAGAGGAAAGAACUAGACGAGGAGGGACGGGCAGAAACAGAUGAAAAAAGACAAAAGAAAGGACAGGAAGGAAAAUAAAAGUGAGGAAAGGAGGGCGCCUUAGAAGAGAGGCAUCAAGCAACAGAGGGAGAAAAGGAGGAAAAGGGAGGAAGGAAAGAGAGAAGAGGACGGACGAGGAGGACGGGAGAGAGAGAAAGAUGAAGGUAAAGGGAAGGGAGAGAGAGGGAUAGGGGCGGAGAGAAGGAGAGAACGAAAGAGGGAGAGGAGGUAAAGAGAGGUAGGAAAAGAGAGAUGGAGAGGGAGGCAAGCAAAGGGAGCGAGGGGGACGGACGAGAUGGGAGAGAGAGCAGAGAGUGGGCAGAGAGAGGGGACACAGAGGGGGCGGAAGAGAGAGAUGAACGACGAGAGAGGAGGCAAACGGGCGAGAAGGAGGGAGAGGGAGGGAGAGACAGGUAGAGGGAGAGGAAAGGAAGACAAAGGAAGGAAGGAUAUCGCCGUCGUAUGGCAGCCAUCGAGCAACAUCCUGACAAAACAGGAUCCCGAUCCGAGCACAAGUAUUGCAAAUGGGUCGGUCAAAGGGCAUCCAUCGCCAGACCACUCUCGAAAUGUCCAUAUAAUGAAAAUGAACUUCCCGCUAGAACAUGGCCAGAUACACCGCCACAUUUGGCCUUUUCACACUUCGAGAGUGCUGUGGCGAGGCCCAUAGUGUGUAACGGAGAUUAGAAGGGGGUGGCAAACUCAUAUGGCAAAAAGGAUGACUCAUGGACUCGAUGCCUGAUGAAUUGAUCAAUAAGGUAGUUGACGAGUACCCAAUGUAUUAGAUCGGCGCAAAAUGUGUCUGCUGCCAAAGAGACAGCAAAAGAUCACGGCAAAAGCAUCCUCCAUUCCCAAGCGACUAACCUGCUCGUUCCGCUUCUCUCUCUCUCUCUCUCUCUCUCUCUCUCUCUCUCUCUCUCUCUCUCUCUCUCUCUCUCUCUCGCUCGCUCGCUCUGUGUGUGUGU